GUUUCCCGCUAAAUCUACCCUUCACUUUAUUUCGCCCAAAUCCUACAGUCACACUUCGUUUUCCCGCCAUUUCUCUCUAAUCUCUCUCUCUCUCUCUAGCCAUGGCGUCCGAUUCUUCUCCGGCCGACGUCCAAUUCGGACCGUCUUCUCCCGAUGAUUCGAUCUCGAGCCCAAUCGGAAACACUUUCUCUUCGCCCGGCAACCCCGCCGGUCGGAGGCGAGGCCGCCGGUCGUCUGCCUCGGACGCCACCCCGACUCCGCCCCCCCGCUCCCGGUUCACCACCCCCGACGCAACUCCAACCCCCUCCAGCUCCCACCGUAGAGGCGGUGGCAGAAGAAAUUCGAUGUCCACCCCUCCCGUCGCGGCCACCCCGUCCUAUACCGAUGAAGCGCCGCCCUCGUCCGAGGGCGGAGAAGGAGAGGACGCCGACGACGCUCCGCCGAUGUUUGUUUGGGGAACGAACAUUAGUGUUCAGGAUGUCAAUGCCGCGAUUUUGCGGUUUCUGAGGCAUUUUCGCGAACACCCCGAGGACGACGAGGGAAAGUACAUGAAGGCCGUUCACCAUGUGAUUGAAAUUGAGGGAGACUCGCUAGAGGUUGAUGCCCAUGAUGUCUUUGAUUAUGAUACUGAUUUGUACACAAAAAUGGUUAGGUACCCGCUUGAAGUUCUUGCAAUUUUUGAUAUUGUGCUGAUGGAUAUGGUUGGUCGAAUCAACCCAAUGUUUGAGAAGCACAUUCAAGCUCGGAUUUUCAAUCUCAAGACCUCUACGACCAUGAGAAAUCUCAACCCAUCUGAUAUUGAGAAGAUGGUCUCGUUGAAAGGAAUGAUUAUUCGGUCUAGUUCGAUUAUACCAGAAAUCAGAGAAGCAAUAUUUAGAUGCCUUGUAUGUGGAUACUAUUCUGACCCAAUUGUUGUAGAUCGAGGGCGAAUUAAUGAGCCUACUUUGUGCGGGAAGGAAGAAUGCCUUGCCAAGAAUUCUAUGACACUGGUUCACAACCGAUGCAGGUUUGCUGACAAGCAGAUUGUGAAAUUACAAGAGACACCAGAUGAGAUCCCCGAGGCUGGGACACCACACACAGUAAGCUUGUUGAUGCAUGACAAACUGGUAGAUGCUGGGAAGCCUGGUGACAGAGUUGAGGUCACUGGAAUUUACAGGGCCAUGAGUGUUAGAAUUGGGCCAACACACAGAACUGUGAAAUCUUUAUUCAAGACUUACAUAGACUGUCUUCAUCUAAAAAAGACUGACAAGUCAAGAAUGCAAACAGAGGAUGCUAUGGAAAUUGAGAAUGGCUCAGGUAGAAUUGAAGAAGACAAGGUGGAGAAACUGAAAGAACUAUCAAGGCAGCCUGAUAUAUAUGAGAGAUUAGUAAGAUCUUUGGCACCAAACAUAUGGGAGCUUGAGGAUGUCAAAAAGGGCCUUCUAUGUCAGCUUUUUGGUGGGAAUGCACUCAAGUUGGCAUCUGGGGCUAGCUUCCGUGGUGACAUCAACAUUCUUCUUGUUGGUGAUCCUGGAACCAGUAAAUCUCAGCUGCUUCAGUACAUACACAAACUAUCUCCUCGUGGUAUUUACACCAGUGGAAGGGGAAGCUCUGCUGUUGGUUUGACUGCUUAUGUUACUAAAGAUCCUGAGACUGGGGAAACUGUAUUGGAGAGUGGAGCCUUGGUUUUGAGUGAUAGAGGUAUCUGCUGUAUUGAUGAAUUUGACAAAAUGUCUGACAGUGCAAGAAGCAUGUUGCACGAGGUGAUGGAACAACAAACUGUUUCAAUUGCUAAAGCAGGGAUAAUUGCUUCCCUUAAUGCCAGAACAUCAGUAUUGGCUUGUGCAAAUCCAAGUGGUUCACGAUACAAUCCCCGCUUGUCAGUUAUUGACAACAUACACUUACCUCCUACCUUGCUGUCCAGGUUUGAUUUAAUUUACUUAAUUCUUGACAAGGCCGAUGAGCAGACAGACAGGCGCCUAGCUAAGCAUAUUGUUGCAUUACACUUUGAGAAUCCUGAGAAUACACAGAAUCAUGUCUUGGACCUUCAGACACUAACUGCAUAUGUGAGCUAUGCAAGAAAAAAUAUACAUCCACAGUUAUCUGAUGAAGCUGCAGAAGAGUUGACAAGAGGAUAUGUAGAGAUGAGAAGAGGAAACUUCCCAGGUCGUAGCAAGAAGGUCAUAACAGCAACACCUCGGCAAAUUGAGAGUCUGAUACGCCUCAGUGAAGCCCUGGCUAGGAUUCGCUUCUCAGAAUUGGUGGAGAAGAGAGAUGUAAUGGAGGCUUUUCGUCUUCUGAGAGUUGCAUUGCAACAGUCUGCAACAGAUCACACCACUGGAACCAUUGAUAUGGAUCUCAUUAUGACCGGGGUCUCUGCAAGUGAAAGGGCAAGAAGAGAAAAUCUGUUAUCAUCCACUCGUGACCUAAUUAUGGAGAAGUUGCGGAUUGGAGGACCAUCUGCGCGAUUGUUGGAGUUGUUGGAAGACUUAAAGAAGCAGCAAGGUUCCACUGCUGAAGUCCACCUUAAUGAUCUCCGAAAUGCACUUGCUACUCUUGCGAGCGAGGGACUUGUAUCGGUUCACGGUGACAGUGUUAAAAGAAUAUGAUGAUGAUGAUGAUGAUGAAGACAGCAUACAACCUCAGUGAUCUUAUUCCAACAAUUGACCAUCUGGUAACAGGUUAACUAGAUGAAAUCCCCAGCUUGAAGGACGAGUUUUAUUUUAUUUAUUUUGAAAUUUUGUUGAUCUGAUGUCAGAAUUAGGGCCACCUUGUAAAUUUGUUAUUGUUUGCUGUGACCUAACGGUAGCUAAAUACUAGAUUCAUGUACUUGUUAUUCCCUUGCAAAUGAGAGGAGACGACUGACACUGGCACUUCUAUGAGAAACAAUGCAGAGAUGCUUAAAACACCUGAAUGCUCCUGAAGUUUGUAGUGGCAAAAAUCUCUUGGCCAGUCUCAAGCCAUGAACAUGAUACAGAAGCAGUUCCAUGCAAGGCAUUGGAAAUGAAGGUACAAGGACAU